AUGUCGUCUCAAGGAUUUUUCUGUUCCCGUUGUGGCGAAUCCUUCUCAAUUCGAAAUGAGCAUUUAUGUCGCGGAGUAGAUAAAGGAAAAUUUGAUUGUUUAUAUGAUAAAGCAGGACAUGUGCAAGAAAAGUUAAGUGAAAAAUAUUAUCAAUCAGAAGUGAACCAUGUGGUGGAGAAUCUUAAGUUUAAUAUCCUUAUUAUUGGUUCGCCGCGUGUUGGUAAAAGUCAAUUAAUCAAUGCGUUAACCAAUGGGAAUGGAAAAGCAGAGACAAGUCAAAGUCUCAAUUCCUGUACGAAGGAAAUUCAACCGUUUGCAUUGAAUAUAAAACCAAGAGAAAAUUCAUCGAGUAAACAAAUUAAAAUCACGUUUUAUGAUACACCGGGCAUUGAAGAUUGGAAUAACAACGGUGGAGUGACGAGUAUGACGGAUUUUAUUCAGAAAACCGAUCCCAUUUGUAUUAUUUAUUGUGCAUCACCUGGUUCAUUCGCUAAACUUAAUCAACUUCAUUCGAUUUUAGAGUAUUGUAAAUCGAAAAGUAUCUUUUGUGCGUUGGUUUGUACAAAUAUGUGGUCAGGAAUGCAACGGCAUGUUGUUAUCGAAGAAUUUCAAAAAGAACUGGUCUUCUUCGGCGAGAAAAUCGACAAAUACUCCAAUCAGAUACAUUCUCCUCAUCAUCCCCAUAAAGUGACUUUCUUUGGCGAUGGCGCACUGUGUACCAUGGUAAAUUCAAUCGAAUAUCACGAUCCGGAAUUGUCCGAUCUACGAAAACCAGUUCAAGGGAUAGAUGAACUCAUUCAUAGUAUUAUGGAAACACUCGAUCAAGAGAAAUUACUUGGAUGGUGUUAUGCAGUUCUCUAUCGACGAACUUAUUGGGAAAGAAUCAGUCAGAAAGUGGGGGGAUUUUUUACAUUACGAAUAGCAGACUUGAAAAAUCUUGUAAUGAGUUCGCCAUCCGAAACUGCAGAGAAUUUCUUAGUGUAUUUAAAACAAAGAUUUUUGAAGGAGAAAGUCGUUUAA